UGCAUGCGCGGGCCAGUCAGGCGCUAUAUUCGUCUGUCAAAAAAAAAUCGAAAUCAGAUGUUGGCCUUUGGUGUCUGUGUUUUGUUGACAAACAAUGCAGUUGUGAUCAUCAAAAUUUCGUAUCACAAUCCAAGCUGAGAGUGUUUACGGGCUGUGCAUUGUAUUUUUUGCCACUAUUUCGUAUCCACUUGGCACAGUCGUAUUCAAACAUUAUAAUUGUCACUACGUACCAGCCUGUAAUUAAUUAUUCAGAAAUGGACAUCAGCUGCUUUCCAAAUGAGGUGCUGUGCCGAAUUUUUGAUUUCCUUCCGUGGAGUGACAGAAAGAAUAUGUUGUUAGUUUGCUCCCGAUGGAAUGAGAUUUGUAACUCGGACCGCUAUCUGCGACAAACCAAAUUGGUUCUGUACAAUUAUUCAAAGGUUCAAUUUUUUUCUGGCGUUGAAGCUUCACUACUUAACACACAGCGAAACAUUGAGUUCCAUUCCAGCGCAAUGUUGGACACGGAAGAACUUCUAUCGGUCAUAGCGGAAGCAUUCCCCACGGGAGAAUCAGCUGUAGAAUCUGUAGAUUUAUUCCUCAGAUCAAACCACGAGCAGCUUUUUAGCUUGGUUAUUCAGAAUCUACCCGUGUUAAAACAGCUUAAACAUUUGAACAUUUUAGCGAACGAAGGCUUUAAAACAUUCCACAAGGGGUUGGAGAUACGAAGUGACACAUUAGAGACCCUUAAGUUAUCAUUCUACCGAAAUACUACGUGCUGUGUGUUGACACCUAAACUAAGGUGCUUGAACUUAGUAAUACGACAUCUCAGUGACAUCACAGUACUGAAUUCUGUCUCGUCGCAACUUUUCGAGCUCACCGUGAAUUUCCAGUCUAAAGAUUUAGUGACCAAGUUGUUUCUGUGUAACUUUACGAACCUGACUAAACUUCAUCUUUCUAUCGAAAAUGAUAAAUAUCUUCCGUAUACUGUCGCACCGUCCGUUCUUAGCUGGCACGAAAUUCAAAUCUUUCUCAACUCUAUUAAAGGCUUGAAAUCGUUGGAGAUAGUGGACAAAUGUAACAUGCUACGGCAUAAUUACCUCAACGUAUUUCUAUGUGCAGAAGCUCUCACACAUCUAACAAUCAACUAUACUACCUUAGAUGCGGUGAUAGUAGAGUUUAUAUCCAAUUUCAAAAACCUGCGUAUACUGAAUUUACAAGGAUGCUCAACGGCAGGAGACCCCGUGUCAAUAGAUCUACCAAAACUUCAAAAGCUUUUGAUGCCAUACAAACACUACUCGAUUCUACCAUGCACAAAUUUGUAUCAUCUUACAACGUUAUAUUACAGCAGCUCACAGAAAAAUCAUUCUCAGUAUAUACACCAAAUUACGAACACUUUUAUCAACCUGAAAACUUUGAUUUUCUCCAAUUUCGACUACGACCUGUCCUAUGAUUCGUUCCAGUUCCUGGACAGAUUGAAGCGGCUGAAGUCACUCACGAUUCGUGAUAUGUCAGUAUCAAACCAGCUGUUCGCAAAUUGUCCAACGCUCGUAGCACUUCGGAAGCUCACCAUCAAAACUGUCGUUACGGAAAUCUCACUGAUCGAGUGCUUGUCGGAUAAACUACCUCACCUUCACCAGCUUAACAUCGAUAACUGUUUUUUCUACUUUUCAUCCGGUGACCAAUCAAGAAAGCAAUUUUCAUUCGACAUUUUGAGAAAGCAGAUGCCGCACUGUCGAAUUUCUACGAUUGCGUCCAAGGUGUUUACAAAUACGAUGGAACCGAAGGUGAUACCGAAUGACUAACGUACAACCAAUGGGGAUAUUCGGUAUUUAGGGUGUAAAUGUUAAAGAUAACGAGAUUUUAGUUGUUUAUAGCAAAUGUUGACCAAAUAUAAUAUGUUGAAAUUGUA